AUGCUGCAGCUUUACCCCGAGGAUGGCCAUAGUGGCACUGACCUGACGUCGGCGCUGCGCGGCAUCUCUGCAAGCAUUGGCAACCAAUCUAAUGGCGGCCGCAGUGAUAGCUGGAAGCGCAGCCGCAAUCUGGUGGAUCGCAGGGUGCUGCAGCAGAAAGACAAGCCCCUGCCCGACGGUGAGCCUGCCAGCAGCCACCCGAGCAAGCACCUGCCGCUGCAGCUCUUCUACGCCGCCUGGGGCGCUCAUGGCGAAGCUGUGGACUCAGCACAGGCUGCUGUGGAGCUUGGCUCGUGCGGCCUCGACACCGCCGGCAGCGGUAGCGGCACGCGGGCCUUUGCGCCCAGCCUGGCCUUGGGCCCAGCCAACCCCUUUGUGCAUUGCCUCACCAUGGCAGGCUGCGGCGCCUGCUUCGAAGUGCAGUGCGGCAACGACUCCGUGUCUUCCCAGGCGGCAGGCUGCUUCGUCAGCGCCAGCGGAGGCACUGCCAGCAUCAAUGUGACCGUCAUGGAUGCAUGCCCAGGCUGCAGAGGCGACCUGGUUGCGCUGCCGCUGCUGGCCCUCAGCCGCCUGGCGCCGGUGAGCCAGGGCGAGAUAGCGGUGCGCUACCGACAGAUUGCCUGCCAGCCCCCUUCCAACAUCGUCGUGGUCGUGGAGGGGUUCAGCCUGCUGGGCGACGGCUGGCUGCGCCUGCACCUGGAGCAUGUGGCCGGCAGCGGCGGCAUAAAGGCGCUGUGGUCGCAGGUGGAGCAGAGCGGUGCAUGGCGCCAGCUGUCCAACGUGGCUGGCACUGCCAGCUGGCAGCUCAGUGGCGUGCCUCCCGCGCCCCUGGACCUUCUCAUCUAUCCUGCUGAUGGGGCCCCGCUGCUGGCACAGUAA